CGCUCAGACAGGGACCUUCAGGGCAAUCAGAGAAGACAUUUAAAACGCCCUUCAAAUGAACUACUGUACCGAGAGGAAAAAAAAGACGGGAGGAAAGAGAAGAGGAAGGUCUGACGAAGUGGCAGAAAGCAGAGGGCGAAAGAAAGAAAAAAAGCAGUUGGAAAGCGUGAGGCAGAAAAAGUGUGUCUCGCAGGUAGACAGAUACAAAGAGAGAGUGAGUUCACAGGAGCUGAGCAGAGGAGAGGAGAGGAGGAGGAUUUAUCUGUUCUCAAAAUAAAGAGCCCGGUGCCAUGGGAUUCCUUUAGCAUGCUGACAUUACAAUAACCAGAGAGGAGGAGCAACAAGUAAGUGGAGGAGAGGGGUGAAACUCUCUCUGACAUCUCAGGACAGGAAGAAGAAAAAGGAUGUGGGUUAUCUGCUUGCUAUGAGGGAGCAGAGCUUUUGCAUCAGACAGUGGAGCAAGUUCACUGACUACAGGACUUGACAGCAUCAAAAAAAGAAGCCAGCUGCAAGGACAGGAGAGGGAGGAAAGACAGAGGAUAUGUAUGAGGUGAGAAAGACAUAAUAAGAUAAAGUGAAGGAUGAGAAGGAAGACAAUUAGAUAGAUGAGAGGUGCGCUAGAGACUGAAAGGUGAGAAGUGAGAUUGAGAGUCGAAUGAGAAGUCACACUUGAGAGUGAAAAGAGGCAGAGAUGAAAUAACAUACUCUACUAUUAGAAAAAGAACAUAAGACAGGGGGAGAUACAGCUCCAGGAGAGCAGAAGUCCAGUCAGCAAUCAGUCUUCAGUCGCGAUGUUCAUGAACUUCCGUCGUAUCCGCAAGUGCCAGUGCGUGCAGCUUCUGACCACAGGCCUGGUGCUGUGUAUGGUGAUGGUGUGUUGGGAGGAGCUGGACCACCACGUGGUCAGCCACAUGAGAUCCUAUACAUAUCGCUACCUGGUCAACAGAUAUGACUUCCUCAAUUCUUCCUUCAACAUCACUUCCAAACAUCACCACAGAAAAGAUGGUUCUGACAGUGUGGGUGAUCGGUUAUGGAACUAUUCAUACCUAAUUAACCACCCAGGUAAAUGUGGAGGUAGUGGUGGAGAUGGAAAAAGCUGGGAUGAUGUCCUCCUGCUUCUGUUUGUGAAAUCAUCGCCCGAGAACUUUGAGCGGCGCCAGGCCAUCAGGGACACAUGGGGAAACGAGAGCUUUAUUUGGUCAGAACUGGGGGCAAGCAUGAGGGUGGUGUUUGCCCUCGGCAUGCACCAUGAUGUCAAGCGGAGAUCCAGAGUGCAGACUGCACUGCAGCAAGAGGACCAGGCCUAUGGAGACCUGAUCCAGCAGAACUUUGUGGACUCUUUUCACAACCUGACUGCCAAACUGAUCUUGCAGUUCCACUGGGGCCACGAAUACUGUCCUCAGGCACGCUUCCUCAUGUCCGCAGAUGAUGACAUCUUCGUCCACAUGCCCAAUUUGGUGAAAUACCUGCGGCAGCUCGAGAGUAGCCAAUCAGGGGCUAAAGACGUGUGGGUGGGGCAUGUACACAGAGGAGCCCCUCCAGUUCGCCGAAAGAACAGCAAGUAUCACGUUCCCUAUGAUCUGUACCCCUGGCCUUCCUACCCAGACUACACUGCCGGAGCAGGGUACGUGGUUUCAGGUGAUGUGGCCGCUAAGAUCUACCACGCGACUCUGGUGCUGAACUCCUCCAUCUACAUCGAUGAUGUCUUCAUGGGAAUUUGUGCCAAGGCCAUGGGGGUUUCUCCGCAGGAGCAUGUGUACUUUUCAGGGGAGGCCAAGGCUCCAUACCACCCCUGCAUCUAUGAUCACAUGAUCACAUCGCAUGGUCAUGCCGCAGAUGUGCGAUCACUAUGGCACACAGCAACAGACCCUGCAGUGUACAGUAACUACAGAGGAUCCAUGGGUAAUCUCUACUGCACUGCAGUGAGAGCGAUGCUGCUGUGUCUGCCAUAUUACCACAACACAUACUCCUGUAUGGCUGCUUUUACAUGAAGGAUCUUUAGAUGAUGCAAAGACUGCUUCAUGCUAAAUGUACCACACAAAAAAAUGACAGUAUCUCAUAAAAAUAGUCCUGUGUUAUUUCACUGUUUGCUGGCUAUCUAUGUAUUUGCAAUCUUGCAAUAAAGAGCAAAGCCGUUCCGUUAAGCAAACAUAUAUGCUCAUUGUUCUUCAGUCAUCAGCAGGAUUAGUUUUCAUUUUGUUUAAGCUAAAGAAAGAACAGAUGGGUAAAAACCCGUGCCCAGUUCUAUUGAGACGAGGGUUUUUUUGGUCUCUGUGUACACACAUCCACAGUGCUUCACAUUGUAAUUCAUCUGCCAACUUCUGAAGAGGUUCAGCUCUGUCUGGAGAGUCUAAGAUAACUACUACGCUAGCUGUUAAAUAUUAUGAAUUCUGGUGCCACUCAGGCAAAUUGAAUACAUGUCACAUUAAGAGCUAAAUGCAACUCUCUUGAUGAUUUAUGAGAAAAUGUUCCAGUAUGAAUACAAUUCUGUAUAAUGUAUGAUUGCUACUGUAUGUAAAGGCAUUUAUGGUGGUUUGAUAGAUGAUAGUUUUGUUAUCAGCCUCAAGCUACAAAUCUCAAUUUAAAGCACAAUGCAUCAUAAUGCUAUCGGUGAAAACCAUUUAAAGAUCCCAGUAUCAACUUCACAUUCAUACAGUAUGUGACUUUUUUUAAGGAGUACACACUAAACAGUAGUUAAAAAGGUAAGAUAAUCUUACAUGUUUACAUUGCCUCUAUAAAUGUGGUUCAUAAAAAACUCUGUUUAAGGAAUAGAUGUAAUUAGCUUGAAAUGUUCUGUAUCAUAUAUUGUUGGUAUUUUCUUUGGGGAAGUCAGAAGCUUCUUUAGCCAGUCUAUUCUUAGACCACUGAACUUUGUAUUUGUUUUUAGUUGUGCUGUGAAUGACUCAAUCUCAUGAGGGUGACAGUGCAUCAUACAUUUCCUAUUGAGACACUCAGCCAGCCAGUAGGAGAAAAGCUACAUCUGACCAAACUCUGAGCUAAAUGAUGCCAGAUAAAUACAUUUCUCUACCAAUGUACAGAACUGACAAAAUGCAGAAAAAUUGAGAAAAACUGAGAAAACCCAGGGUUGCGAGGUAAUUAAUUUACUUGUGUGCUGUUGUAUACUUUGUUAAUAUUUUCCAUGGCCAUGGGACUUUUGCUUUUUUUUUUGCUCAUCUUCAUUUGAAGUUUUAGAUCAGCAGUUCUCAAACUAGGGGUUGGGACCGUCCAAGUGGUCGCAAGAUUAAUGGAAGCAAGAAGAUUAUCUGGAUAGGAAAGUGUUAAAAACAUUUAACCUACUCAAAAUAAUGUUUUUAUGUAUGAAACUGAAUUAUUGGAUAGUUCUACUUCUUCCACUAAAAACACAGGAAAACAGACAUAAAGGCAGUGACUAUGGAUCACAAGAGGACAACGCUUUAUUUUAAUUUUCAUAAGCCUCUGCAUGGGAGUAAAUUAUAUUUUAAGAUGUUAAUUUUGAUCUUGAUUUUUGAUGUAACCCAAAAAGACUGUUGUCAUAGCAGUAGAUAACAUAACAUAUUUUUGCCACUUGGGGGCAGCAGAAACAUGUUGUGAGCAGGACAUUAAAAUAGCAUCACCAAUUAAGAUGAUAAUGGCAAAGUUGUUAGCAAGCAGUUGCUUAUUUACAUUUAUCUAUUUUGCCUGCUGCCGCUGAAAAAAUGUGCUGCGGCGAGAUUUGAUCAUUAGCAUAAUCAACUCCCUUAAAACUGCCAUGCAAAGCCUCAAUUGUACACACUUGCGGACGCACACACAGACAGCUGCAGACAGCUUCUAGUCCAGUGCAUGCACAGUUGGUGCCCCAGGUGUACUGUCUGUGGGGACUGGCGUGGACUCACUAUAAAAUGGAGGCUACACAGAUGUCUGCACAGAGCUUCAAGUACACUCUCUGAUGACGAAAUUUACAUGUGACCCUCACGUACUUGUGGAUAGAGAAAGUAUAACACUAACUUAAGUCUACCUGUUCUGCUUCAUUUUAUGGGAAAGGUUUGAUUCACAAAAAUGCCAUACGAGAGCAUAAAGAAGAAUUUCAACCUGCAGCACUUAAAGUCCUGCUGUCUGAAAUCAGCAAGCAAAAAAAUAACAAAUUUAAUCAGUAGUGGUAUUAGACCCAAAACAGGUUAUAGUUCUGUCAGUGACAUCUCAUCAGAGCAGCGCUGUACUGUGACAGAAAUAAGGAGGGAAUGCUUCAGUCUACAUGAGGUUACACUAGAUGCAAAAAAGAUCUUUCUAUAGCAGAGCAGCCCAUGAGUAAUAGGUGGUGAGGGGUAUGACAAUCACUGAGAUAUUACACUAGGGAAUGUUACAGCCUACAGUAGGUGAGCAGGUGUUCUCGCACACGCUGGACAACAACCUGCAUAAAGCAGUUGCUUAAGGCAGAAUGAGAAACAAUUUUCAAUUCUUCUGCAAUGGUUUAAUGUCACCCGACCAGAGAAUUAGUGCCUUCGUCUGUACAUGUCGAUACACCUAUCUCCUAAAUUCUACAUAACCGUAGUGGAUGGAAAUGCACAGCAAUAUGAUUUUUUUUGACAAUUUUCUCAUAAUUCUGUUAAGAUUUGUACUUAAUUUGAAUGGAUCAAUGUUUUGAGUAGCCUCUCUCCCUCUCUCUGUGUCCAAUGAUCUUUUUUAUGCUGCAGUCUGCUGGCGCAGCGGCAUGUCC